UUCCGUGGCGUCUAAACCAAAUCUGUUAGAAGCACCCUCCUCACUCACAGGUCUAUUUCGCUUCAAUUCAUCUCUUUCAUCAGCACCACUGUCUCCAUCUCUUGUUUUUAUUCUCAUCUCUCUGCCUUCGAAACGAAGUUUCUUUCCUUCUCUCUUCCUCAUCCAAAUCAAUCCCCUGCGCUCACGCCCACAAUACCAUCAUCACUUCCCCACUCCAAACCAAAAACCAAAAACCAAUCAAACUAAAAUCACAUCGCCCCAAAACACACCUUCUUUUUCAUCUUCUCUAUAUUUUUUACUUUAACUAUUCUAUUUUAUUUUAACAUUACCACCGUGACGCCACUGCUUUUAAUUUCCCGAAUUGGAAAACAAAAAAUUAAAAUUGAGAAUUUCUCAAUCCCAAAUUAUUGAGAGACUGGUUGGGUUUAUCAAAUAUUGCAUGCUGUUCAAUUAAAUGGCUGGCGCCGGCGACGUAGAUGCCGAUGCGGUGCUCAGCGACGUCGAGGACGACGGCGGUGAUCCGAUUCCGAUUACAAAUAAUUCUCCAUCCUCUGAUGACGUGUCCGUUGAAAGACUCCGCGAGAUUCUCGCUGAGCUUGAUCGGGAAAAGCAGGCGCGACUCGCCGCGGAGAAAGCGAAGUCGGAGUUGCAGACUUCUUUCAACCGAUUGAAGGUGCUGGCUCAAGAGGCUAUACGGAAACGGGAUGAGUUUGGCCGGCUGCGGGAUGAGGCUGUUCGGGAGAAGGAGGAUGCGGCGAAGCAGCUAGAAGAGUCUGCGAUGGAGCGUCAAUCGUUGCGAUCGGAGAUUGAGAAAUCCAGUCAUAUGAUGGUUACUGGAAUUGAGAAGAUUUCCGCCAAAGUGAACGGUUUUGGCGGAAGUGGAACUGCGUUGCCGCGGUCGCAGAAAUAUACUGGCAUGGCGGCGGUGACUUAUGGUGUUAUAAAGAGGGCGAAUGAGAUUGUUGAAGAGUUGUUGAAACAGAAUGAUGCAAGUGUUAAGUCUAGGGACCAAGCUAGGGAACAGGUAGAGCAGAGGAAUUACGAGAUUGCGAUUGAGGUUUCUCAGUUGGAAGCAACCAUCAGUGACUUGAGGGAUGAGGUUGCAAAGAAAACCUCUCUUGUGGAGGAUUUGGAGAGGGAUUUGGCUGUUAGGGAUGAGAAGUUGGAUGAGGUUUCUGAGAGUUUAAGAAAGGAAGAGAGUGAGGGUUUGCAGUUGAAGGAGCUUGUUAGUGAGUAUGAAGACAAGUUGAGUAAUUUAGAAUCCAGUAUAGAAUCAUUGAGGCCUUUAUUGAUUGAUCAGUUGAGCUUUGUGUCCAAGAUUCACAACCAGAUUUGCAGUGUUUUUAAGAUCAUUGAUGAUGCUGGUAAUUCGGAACUGUCUGAAUCUUUGUUUGUACCGCAAGAAACAGAGAUUGGAGAGAAUAUACGUGCAUCUUUAGCUGGAAUGGAAUCCAUACAUGAGUUGACUAGGAUUGUUGUUCAAAAAGUUAGGGAUGUGGUUGAGGAGAAGAACAGUGAGAUCAAGAGUUUAGAUGAGACUGUGAAUAGGUUAGUUAAGGAAAAGGAUCAAAUUGGUUCUUUGCUUAGGAGUGCUUUGUCAAAGAGGAUGACAUCCGAUCCGUCUUCUAAGAAAAGUGAGCUGUUUUUAGCCGCAGAAAAUGGGUUGAGGGAAGUUGGGAUAGAUUUCAAAUUUAGUAAGCUUCUUGGAGAUGGAAAGUUUACAGUGUCAAAUGACAGGUCAAACCAAGCGGAAAAAGAAGAAGAGGAUGAAAUAUACUCUUUGGCUGGUGCUCUGGAGAAUGUUGUUAAGGCAUCUCAGCUUGAGAUAAUUGAGCUGCAGCAUACUGUAAAUGAAUUAAGGGCAGAGUUGAGUUUACUUAAGCAGCACAUUGAAGCCCAGGCCAAAGAACUCGACCAUAGAAUGCACCGGGUAGAGGAACUUGAAGAAAAGGAAAGAGUGGCAAAUGAAAAUAUUGAGGGGCUAAUGAUGGACAUUGCGGCUGCUGAAGAAGAAAUUAACAGAUGGAAAGUGGCAGCAGAGCAAGAAGCUGCUGCAGGCACAGGUGUUGAACAAGAAUUUGUGGCACAGCUGUCAACACUUAAGCAGGAACUUGAAGAGGCAAAGCAAUCCAUGUUGGAAUCAGAGAAGAAAUUAAAAUUCAAAGAAGAGACAGCAGCUGCUGCCAUGGCAGCCAGAGAUGCAGCAGAGAAAUCUCUCAAGCUGGCAGACUUGAGGUCUUCUAGACUAAGGGACAGGGUGGAGGAGCUCACUCAUCAGCUCGAAGAGUUUGAGAACAGAGAAGAUUCGAGGGGCCGAAAUAGGCCUCGAUACGUGUGCUGGCCAUGGCAAUGGCUUGGCAUGGACUUUGUUGGAAUUCAGCAACGGUCUGAUACACAACAGCAAACAGCUUCUAACGAAAUGGAGCUUUCUGAACCUCUCUUAUAAUUGUUUCUUUUUUAUGUUUUCUCCCCUCUUGUGUAUUUAUGCUGAUUUCUUCAAUUUUAUGUCACAGAAUGGUAGUUAUUAGUUAUUAGUAUCAACGUUCCACCAUUUCUUAAUGUAGCAACGGUGGUGUUGGUCGACCAUUGUCAUGUUUCAGCAGCAUUUGGCUUGAGUAACUUGCUAUUGCAAUCUGAUUAUCCUGUACAUUCCUUUCAUGGAAGCUUCCACAUAGCAUUCCACAUAUACUUUCGUUA